CAGUUCCAUGCCAUGAGGUUUGCCGUUGAUGAAAUUAAUAGAACCCCCAAACUUCUCCCAAAUGUCAGCCUGGGCUUCUAUGCCUAUGACUCCUGUGCUGUGCUACAUGGAGAGUUAGAAGGAACCUUGUGGAUGCUGACAGGACUUGAUCAUGCAAUACCCAAUUACUGUUGUCGCAAACGUCCACCUCUGGCUGCCAUCAUUGGACACUCUGCAUCCACGUACUCUAUUCUCAUGGCUCACAUAUUGGGACUUUACAGAUACCCACAGGUCAGCUAUUUCUCAACCAGCCCUCUACUGAGUGACAGAACACAAUUUCCCUCCUUCUUCAGGACUGUCCCAAGUGAUGCUUUCCAGUCUUUGGGAUUGGCUCAAAUGAUCAAACAUUUUGGAUGGAAUUGGGUUGGGCUCAUUGCCUAUGACAAUGACUACGGCCGAGAGGGCAUUAAAGUCAUGAAACAGGAAAUUUUAAGGUCAGGAGCCUGCUUGGCCUUCACACAAUAUAUAUCAAGUAUUCGGUCCUACAGCAAUAUUCAAAACAUUGCCAAAGUCAUCAAGAGAUCAACGACUAAAGUAGUGGUGGCUUUCUCUACGGACAUUUAUUUCAUACCAUUGUUGGAAGAGCUGUUGGCACAAAAUGUAUCAGGAAAAAUCUUUGUAGCCAGUGAAGCCUGGUCCAUAUCGAAAGUACUCUCAGUAGAUAGAUACUCUUCCAUACUUACUGGGACCAUUGGAUUCGCUUUUCCUAGCUCUAGUUUAAAAGGGUUUCAAGAAUAUCUCAACAAUAUAAACCCCUACAAUGUUCCAGGGGUCAAAUGGGCCAAGAUGUUUUGGGAAGAGGCAUUUGGAUGUUCUUUUCCUAUCGAAGGUAACCCCAACGGUCAUAAAAAUGAGUCUAAUAUAUGUACGGAGUAUGAGGACCUAUCAAGCAUACAAAAUCUCUACAAUGAUGUUUCAAAUUUAAGAGCUUCCUACAAUGUUUAUUCUGCCGUACACGUGAUAGCGAAAGCACUUGAGGACCUUACACACUGCAAUGUAUGGGAUGGGCCAUUUUUAGGUGGGAAAUGCGCUGAUUUGAGGAAGUUUGAACCAUGGCAGCUUUUAUACUACUUUAAGAAAGUACAUGUGUCUUUUGAAAACAAGAGAGAACUUUUCUUCAAUGAAAACGGUGAUCCGACAGCAAUGUAUGACAUCAUCAACUGGCAGAGACAUUCAGAUGGUUCAAUGACCCAAGUGAAAAUUGGACAUUACAACACUUUGGCUGGAUAUAACCAUAGUUUCAUUGUCAACUCAAGUUUAGUUUUGUGGGCCGACGGAAGUCAUGAGGUUCCUAUUUCCAUCUGCAGUGACAGCUGCUCUGCCGGAUUCAGGAAGGCUCCUCGUAUGGGUGAACCUAUUUGUUGCUUUGAAUGUGUCCCUUGCCCUGAAGGAGAGAUUUCCAACCGCACUGACUCCAUAGAUUGUUCAAAGUGUCCAUGGGAUAUGUGGCCAAACAACCAAAAGAACCAAUGUCUUCCAAAACCCAUUGAGUACCUUUCAUAUGAUGAGCCAUUGGGAUUCACUUUAACAGCCACCAGUGUUUUUUCUUCUAUGGUUCCAUUAUCUAUCCUUCGGCUUUUCUAUCAUUACAAGAACACUCCAAUGGUCAGAGCAAAUAACUACUCACUUAGUUGUAUCUUGUUGGUAUCGUUGACAUUCUGCUUCCUGAGCUCUUUGGCCUUCAUCGGUUACCCCCAUACAGAGAAGUGCCUUCUACGACAAGCAACAUUUGGCAUGGUGUUUGCCCUUUGCGUCUCCUGUAUCUUAGCUAAAACUGUAAUGGUAGUCUUUGCAUUCAUGGCAACCAAACCUGGAAGUAGUCUUAAAAGGUGGACAAGUCCUCAAGUGUCCUACAUGAUCAUCGUCUGUUGUUCGCUCCUUCAGUUACUCCUGUGUGUCAUGUGGAUUUCUGCUUCUCCUCCAUUUCAACAAAUAAACACUGGAAGCAAACCUGGAAUUAUUCUCAUUGAAUGUAAUGAAAACUCAACAAUUGCCUUCUGGAGUAUGUUGGGGUAUCUAGGCCUUUUGGCUUCCAUCAGUUUUAUUGUUGCCUUUCUGGCCCGGAGGCUUCCAGAUAGCUUCAAUGAGGCCAAAUUUAUCACUUUUAGCAUGCUGGCCUUCCUCAGUGUGUGGGUGUCUUAUAUCCCAGCAUCCCUCAGUUCGCAAGGAAAGUAUACAGUAGCCAUGGAGACCUUUGCAAUCCAAUCAUCAAGUUGGGCUCUUGUGAUCUGUAUGUUUCUACCCAAAUGUUUUAUCAUGUUGUUCCGACCACAUAUUAACACCAAAGAACAUCUCUUAGGUAAAAACAAAGCUCAAAAAUAG